UUAAAACGAGGCUGGAUGAAUAUUCGGAGAAGCUACGUGAGCUGCAGGUGGAGCUACAGAGGAAAAGUGACACUCUCAGUGACACGGAGACUCGCUACAGAGCAGCCUGGGAGCGUGUGGAGGAUCUGGAGGAGAGCUUCAAGAAGAAGGAUGAGGACAUGAGGAUUAUGGAGGAGCGCUACAAACGCUACCUGGAGAAAGCCAAGAGCGUGAUCCGUACUCUGGACCCAAAGCAGAACCCUGGCAGUGUCCCGGAAUCUCAGUCGCUGAGAAAUCAACUCCUGGAGAGAGACCGACUCAUCAUGACUAAAGAGAGGGAGUCUGAGCGAGUUCGCAUGCAGAGAGAUCAAGAGGAGAAGCUGAUUGUGAGUGCCUGGUACAGCCUGGGUUUGUCUCUGCAGCGCAAGUCUUCUGAUCUGCGUCUCGUGAGCACGGGACCCGGACAGUCGUUCCU